AUGAUAGGAAGCAUCGACUGUAUGCACUGGGAGUGGAAAAAUUGUCCAACCGCCUGGAAAGGACAGUUCACACGUGGAUCAGGAAAGCCAACAAUUGUCCUGGAGGCUGUAGCUUCACAAGAUCUUUGGAUAUGGUACGCUUUUUUUGGUCCUCCAUGUACCUUAAACGAUAUUAACGUCUUCGAUCGAGCAUCUGUUUUUGAUGACAUUUUACAAGGUCGAGCUCCAAGGGUACAAUACGUGGUCAACAGACACCAGUAUGGUUUGCCUUACUACCUCACAGACGGUAUAUAUCCAAGAUGGUCUACAUUUAUCCAAUCUAUCUCAAACCCUCAAAGUUCUGAAGAACAGUUAUUUGCUAAAGCUCAAGAGUCAACCCGAAAAGAUGUGGAGCGUGCUUUUGGAGUAUUGCAAGCUCGAUUUGCAAUAGUUAAAAACCCGGCUAUUUUGUGGGACAAGAGACAAAUAUGGAUGGUUAUGCGAACAUGUAUCAUACUCCACAAUAUGAUAGUGGAAAAUGAACGCAAUAGAUACGCUCAGUGUGAUAUAUCAGAGUUUGAAGAAGGCGAGUCGAGUAGAAGUUCAGAGGUGGAUAUGUCAUUUACUCGUAGGCCUUCAAAUCUCCGUACUAUGCUUGAAAUACGUAGUCAAGUUCGUGACCCACAUAUACAUGAACAACUGAAAUUUGAUUUGAUUCAAAAUAUUUGGAACAAGUUUGGUAAUGAUUAA